GGGAGGGCGGGUACGCGCUGGCUGCUCUCCGCAGUACCGAUCUGCUGAGAGCACCAGAGCAGAGCUCCUCCACAGACCACAGCCGCAGGGCACGCACUGCAGCUCAGAGGAAAACCUCACAUAGAAAUAUACGCUGGAGGAGAAACUGCUACCUCACAAGACAGAAGACAAGACAAAGAGGAAGAGAAGAGGUGGAUCCGCUUCAAGGACCUAAAGAUGUCUGAUCACAGAAACUACUGAGGCUGAUUAUUCUUUGCAAUAAGGAUCGCUCCCCACGCUAUAGAAAAAUCUCCUGAAAGGACAUUGUGGAGACACUUGCGAGCUCAGACCUUUUCUCUCCAUAUAUUGGAAGUUGUUUCUCUGGUGAAGCCUCGGCCCCAUCUGCCCCUGCCUCGACUUCAACCUCAGGAUGGCUGGCUGUACCUGCCGCUGCAGGCAAGGCUUGCUCAAACUAAUGCAGUCCCUGCAGAGAUUGGUCUCAGGAACCCUCACAAAAGAUAGAACAGAUGAGGAGGUGGAGAUGGCGACGGUGUGCUACAGGCCAGAGGGUCUUGACCAGUUGGAAGCCCAAACUAACUUCAGCAAACAGGAGCUGCAGAUCCUCUAUCGUGGUUUCAAGAAUGAAUGUCCAAGUGGUGUUGUAAAUGAGGAGACAUUUAAACACAUUUACGCACAGUUCUUUCCUCAUGGAGAUGCAAGCAUGUAUGCUCAUUAUCUUUUCAAUGCAUUUGACACUACAAACAAUGGCUCCAUUAAGUUUAAGGACUUUGUAAUGGGUUUGUCUACACUGUUGCGAGGAACACUGAGAGAAAAGCUUGAGUGGACGUUUCACCUUUAUGACAUUAACAAAGAUGGCUACAUAAACAGAGAGGAAAUGACUGAGAUUGUGAGAGCCAUUUAUGACAUGAUGGGCAAGUACACGUACCCUGCACUAAAGGGAGAUGUCCCGCAGCAGCAUGUGGAUGCUUUUUUCCAGAAAAUGGAUAAAAACAAAGAUGGAGUGCUGACUUUGGAGGAGUUUAUUAUAGCCUGCCAGGAGGACGAAAUCAUGAUGAGAUCCAUGCAGCUGUUUGAAAAUGUGAUGUAGAUCAAGAGGAGAUGAUGGAAAACAAAGACAUGGAAAAUGAGAGGACUUGGUGUGAGAGUGUGUGUGUGUGUGUGUGUGUGUGUGUGUGUGUGUGUGUGUGUGUGUGUGUGUGUGUGUGUGUGUGUGUGUGUGUGUGUGUGUGUGUGUGUGUGCGUGCGUGCGUGUGUGCGUGCGCAUGUGCGUGUGUGUGUGUUAGAUAUGUGCAAUACAUCCAGUCUCUCCUCUUCUUUCCAUCUUAUCAGCUCUGGUCUGGAUACAGUCAGAUUCCCUCACAAUGACUUGAAUGAUGAGACUGGACUGGAAUGCUUUUAGCCUUCCUGCAGAGUUUCCCCACACAAUACAAACUGACUGAUGUGACAGACUUGGAUGAAAAAGACAUUGCUCUCAGUCCUGUCUAGAAGAUUGGUCUGUUAGAGAUAAAUAUGAUCCUACACUGCAAGGCUGCACCAGACCAGCAAAGAGCUAUUGUUCAACCAGAAGAGCUUUUUUGUUUUGUUGCCAUAAGACGUUAUUUUUUUUGCCAAAAUUUAAUUGCAUGCUUUUGCAAGAGGUCAGAUUUGUUAUGGGAAUUUGGCCAUCAGGAUUUUUAUAUAUCUCAUGCAUCACUGUUGCAGUGACCACUGUACUUUUGUGUUGACCUGGUUGUCACUUGCCUGCGGAGUCUGUACGGUGCUUGUUAUAAAGAGUCUAAAGCUUACCGUAGAAAGUCAAAGAAUUUGGAACCUGUACAUUUUAUGGGUCUGAUGUUGUGCGGGUAUGUGCUUGUCUUCUUGCCUAUGUUAAAACUUAGGUUUUAGUAAAAAGAAAGAAGGAACUGAAUCAUGUUUUAUAUUUUCAGCUGCUGUUUUACUUCUUGUGGUCAAAUCGCUGCUUUGUCAAAAAUGUAAAAAGAAAACUAACAUUUUGAAUUUCAUGAUGAAAUGCCUGCAAAAUGAAGAUGAUGAAUGAUAAAUCAGGAAGAGGCUUGUUAUUAUCAAGCCAAUAUCUUUAUUUGCACAGAUGACAGAGAGUCAAAGUUUAACUCAAAGAUGACAACAAUAAUGAAAAAAGUAAAAUGUUUGUAUGGUCCAAACUUGUUGAUCAAACUUAUAGGUAUGUAACUAAUUAUACAAGAAAUGACAUACCUAAAAACUGGAGUCAAAUUCCUUGUAUGAGCAAGUUUCUGAUAAUCUUGCAGGAAAAUGACACUAAAUGUCAGCUUUGGAAUGUGAUAUUUUGAUGACACAGAGGACAGCUCCAUCUGUAUUAGUGAAAAUUCGGCACUGUGUCCUCCAUCUAAAACAAAUUUGUCAUGUUACACUGACAGGUACAGGUAAGGACAGAACAGGGUGACUCCUGCAGUUGCUUGCAGCUGGUUUUCUGUGAGUCAGGGUGUGUUUGAAAAUGGAAAACUCACUAAGAUAAGCACUAACAUAUUCAUCAACGUUCAUCAAACAUUCUUUUUGCUGUCAGUGGAGCAGCUCUUGUGUGGUACAUCAGUGUGACAUCUCUGCUAUCUUGGUUUGUAACGGUUAUUAAAUCUCACAAGCAAAAAAAUUAUUCUAAGCCAUAAGAAUAAAUAUGUAACUUCUUAAAUUGA